CAACAAAAACCAUUAGUGUUGACAAACAAAAACAAACACCCCAAAUAAAACUGACAGUUGCAAACAGCUGAUCGCAAUGAAAGACGAAAACCCUUACUAGAAUUAUGAAAAUAAUGAUAUUAUUGUCAUAAGAAUUAUGUGAAAUUAUUGCUGUGAUAUUAGAGUUCAUAAAUAACUGUAAUAAAAUGGCCCAGUGUAAGCAAACUCCGCAGGAAUUCAUCAAAAAUGUUUUUACCCCGCAAAUCGCUGUUUUAACAACUCAGGAGGCGGAUUUAAGUUGUAAGAAGAACAAUUUAAGCUUUAUCGACUUGUUACAACCUUUUUCCAAGCUUAAUAGUGACGUGCAUUAUAAAGAUCCAAAUGGGGUUGUAAUAAGUAUAAGAAACAUGAAACUAACAUUUUUGGAUGUAAAUUCAAGACCCCCACAAACAACGUUGGCAAGAAAGUUCCUAAACAACUCUGUGAGCGAAGCACAAGACCCCCGUGAAACUUGCUACAAAAUUGGGGGUUACUCACUAGACAUUCCCUCUUAUACACCUUGGUAUGAAGCUUGGCGAGACACAUUUUUAAGGGUACAAUAUCCAUCUGACCACGAAUACACCAAACAUUUUCUUGCUUGCAUGUUAGUUGCUUCUUCAAAUGAUCCAAACCCUUUAGAAGCUAUCAACCAGUUAAAUCAACAGCUUAUUAAAAUGCAGAGCACUGCACCUGGAAAACUGCCCAAAUGGUUUAGCUCCAAUAUACUAAAGUAUUAUGUUAUUCUAGAAGAUAUUAAAGAACCCAACACCACAAUUAUAACUGAAGCCAUAUCAACAUUAAAAAGUACCUAUGGAGCAUCAAACUGCUUCCUAUUAGGAAUGAAUUCCAGACCUCCGGGAAGUGCUGUAGAUCAUUUUCCAGAUCCAUGGAGUCAAUUCAUAAGUAAUAAAAUUGAUGGGGGGGUUAUAGGAGAAAAAAGCAGUGAUAGUUCUCCCAACUCUGCUAGAAGCUCAAUGGUGCAUUGUGAAGUUGCCCAGGAAGCCAAUGAAAAUAAAUCUAGUACUUUUGUUGACUAUCACCCACUUAGUCCUGAUACCGAAGAUCUAACUAUGCAUGAUAUAAUCGAUUCAAAGAAAGAAGCUCCAGUGGAGUUACUAGACGCCAAAACCCACGGAAAGUUUAUUUCCAACGAAGAUGUAGAGCAAAUAAAGUUGAUGAUAUUCGAAUUUACACGUAGCUGCUUGAUGCCUUACAUCUCGUCGCAAAUGGUACAGUUAAAUGACGUGGUUUCCAACAAAAAGGGAAUGAGCAAAUCCCUAUUCAGCGCAACUAAAAGAUGGUUCAGCACCAGCAAACCCGGCACAGGUGGAAGCAGUUCAUCCUCGGCAGCUGUAGCACUCAAUAAUCUCAUAUACGCAAUAGAUGCUCCGGAGUUGCAAGUAAGAAAGCUAGGAGACUUGUAUUUCAUGUUUGGUAACUAUGCGGCCGCUUUUCAAGCGUAUCAUUUGGCGAAACGCGAUUAUAACACCGAUCAGGCGUGGCUGUACUAUGCCGGGGCGCUGGAAAUGGCCGCCCUUUCAGCCUUCAUGUCCGGAGAUUGGAAUAGAAAAGCGUUCGAUUAUAUGGAAGAAAGUAUCAUCACUUAUUUAAAUACCUGCAAGUUGCCGCAGUUCGCCACAAGAGCCACAAUCCUCAGUUCUGAGUGCCUAAAAUUCAAAAGUCAGUACGGAGACGCUGCCCUUCACUUAAUCCGAAUGACCAGUGAGGAUUCGGAUUUGAGAUCGGCUUUGUUGCUGGAACAGGCCGCCUAUUGCUUUCUGCAAUCCAAGAUGGUGCGGAAGUACGCGUUCCACAUGGUGCUGGCCGGGCACAGGUUCUCGAAGGCUGCGCAGAAGAAGCACACGCUGCGCAGCUAUAAGCAGGCGUUCAGUAUUUACGAGAAUACCGGCUGGGAUUUGGCUACGGAUCACAUUCAUUAUACGAUUGGAAGGCAGGCGAAUAUUUUGCAGCAGUACCACCAGGCUGUGAGUUCCUUCUCUAAUCUUCUGACUGAGAGCAGCAAACAGACCGCGCAGCAGCAAGCGCUCUUUCUGAAAGAAUACCUCACUAUUUUGAGUAAUAAGCUGAAAAGCAGCAAGGAAGAAGUUGAGAUACCUUUACUGCCAGUGCCAAAAUUGGAAAGCGACUCCAUUAAGGUCCUAGUCGGACCGAGUCAGCCUCUGACAACUCCCGGCAGAAUUCCAGCGGCUGCAAUAAGUUUUGAUAGGCCGGAAGAUGCUCAGUCUGAAGUCAGAUGGAAUCGGUUAGAAGAAAUGCUUGUUACGGAAGCAGAGGGUAAUGCCCCGAUGAUUUUCAAACCGACAUCAACGCUUCACACCUUUAACAAGUUGCAGAAAAAUCUAACCACCAAUCCUCCCAUGGCCAUUGUCAAUGAACCCAUCCAGAUACAGAUUACUAUGGCGAAUAUACUUCAAACCGUUCUGAAUCUUAAAGACAUCUACUUAAUUUGGACGUUCAGUAGUAAUGAAAGUGAAAUAAUUUCGAACGAUGUUAAUACAACUCGGAACACGGACGAUUUCGUCAAAACACAUGUCAACAAGGCCGCAAUAAUAGAAGGCAAUCAAAAAUUAGAUGUAACCUUAUCUUUAACCCCUUUAGUAACCGGCAAAAUAACCAUUUUGGGGGUGUGCUACACCAUAACCACCACAGACACGAUAUUCAUUAAAGGAAAACAAUUCAUAGACAUUCCAACACUACCCACCAAAUCGCAAGCCGCAGGUACCACAAAGCUGGAAAUCAACGUGGUGCCAUCGGCACCUUGCUUACAGGUGACAUUUUCCGAGCUAAAUUUGGACCUGCUAACAAACGAAAUGCAACGCGUAUCGGUCGAGCUAAAAAACAGCGGAUCAGUCGGCCUUAAAAAUAUUUUAAUGGCGACAUCGAGUCCGAACCUAUUGAGCAGUUGCGAGUUCAAAUCCGCCCAAUAUUAUCCAGGAGAAAGAGUUAUGUCGAAAGAAAAAUGGGCUAGGAAAAACCACAUUACCUCUGUGCCACUGGCUGAAGGCAAACUGGAGCCAGACCAGAAUGUCAGCAUACAUUUGUGGGUUAAAGCCCCCAACGUUAAGGGGCCUGCGCCCAUUGAUUUGCUUUUAUAUUACGAAAAUAUGCACCCAAAUGCCAUACCCAAGUACAGAUUAGUUAGACACAGUUGGAACUUGACGGUGCAAGAAUCCAUAUCCAUGGAUAUAACUCUUCAAGAAAGCCACAACUCCAACAAAGUGGAAGAAUUAGUAAUGGCAAUCAAAGCGACAAACUUAAAUGAAGUUCACAGUUCGAUCUCCACUGAAGUGACCCUGCUGAACAUUGGAGUGUACAGCAAGUAUUGGAAAUUGAUGAAAAACAUAGUAACUCCCAAGUAUAUAAACCUCAGCACUCAAGAAUCCGCGCAUAUCCUACUGAAAUCGAAACGAGUGAACAAGGAAAAACCGAAAUUCUCCAUAAUGCCUCUAUAUAGCUCUGAAAGAAAGCACAUACAACACCUGAACAACGCAUGUCUCUCUUUCGCCGUCAAAACUGAACAAUACAAAUCAACGCUAACAGAAUCGGAAAGCAUCGCAUCGGACUUCGAUUCGGAUCAAUUUAAAGACGGCCUGGUAUUUUUGCAGUGGCAAGCCCUAGUCACCGAUGCCACCAGCAAAAAAAUCGUUUACGGUCAAAAUCUCCUACCCCUUCAACUGAACCGAUACAAACCUGCUGCGCAGAUCACGCGCGAAGUCGAUGCGCUGUGCGUCGACAUCAACGACAAGCUAAGCGAAAAAAUUGUGGAGCACCAUAUGAAAAUCCUGCAGAAACAAUUGACGUACAACUUGCUGUUCACCUCCACCGUUCUGCAUGAUUUUAACAAGAAGACACUCUGCAUUGUACCAGUCAAACUGCAAUUGCACAGCGUUUCAGAGGAGGAGAUCCUGGUCACUGUUAAUACCAUCGAUACUUGCGUUCAAAUAAACUACCUUCAUGCGAAUAUAGCGUACCCCUUGGCAUCGAGUCAGUUUCGUUGGUUGGGUAAAAAUAAAAUAAUGAAGAAGAUGUAUCCGCUGUCCACAUCGACGGUCAGAUUAAAUAUGGCGGUUUCCGGACCCGGUAUUUUUAAUUUGGGUGCAAGAAUCCAAAUACUGUGUCGCCCAAAAGAUUGCAGUAACGUUGAUCGUAAAAAUUCCGUUGUUCAAUCUUGCGAGUUACAAUCGUCGUUGGUGGUUAAACAAGUCGAAAAUUUGAGUUAAUGUUUUGUUGUGUUUAAUUUUGUAUUUUUAUUCAUUAUGUGUAAAGAAAAAUCAUGCUAUGGAUAAAUGACUUAACUUUACACAAUAACAAGUUUAUAAUAAAUUAUUGUUCAU